GUCAUCACUGUCAUCGGCCCUCCCCUCCCUCUUGCACUUCGUAUCCGGAAAUGGGAGGCCGCUUCGUCUUGCUUCAGGGACUCAAAAGAUCCCCGCUUUCUCGCUUCCUCCAUUCCUUCUCGCCAAUCCCAACUCCCCCUCCUCCACUCCCUCUCAGGUUUGGCCUUCUUCUACCCUCCUUUAAAAGCUUUGAUUCUUUCGAUCCAUAUCGCCGUUCAUGGGCUUCGAGGAGUGUGAGCUACGGCUCGGUAAACCUCGUCCUGUCGGACGGGAAGCCGAGGUUCGAGACUCACGAGAUAGAGCCACCAAGGAAGGAGAGGUAUCGGACCAAGAAGCGGCUUAAGCUCCAGAGGAAGCGGGAGAAGCGGAAGCGGAGGGAGGCCAACAAGAAGGACCCUCGUAGGAUCAGACCCAAGGGAAAGAAGAAGACGGGAAAGUUUGCCACCGCCGAGGCAAGGAUUAAAUAUAAGAUUGAGAAGGCCAAAAUUAAGGAAGCCUUACUGAUUGAAAAGCUCAAGAAGUAUGAAGUUCCCAAAGUUCAAGGACCAAUGACCAAACCAGAAGACUUGACAGGCGAGGAACGCUUCUACGUCAAAAAGAUGGCCCAGAAAAAGUCCAAUUAUGUACCAGUUGGAAGGCGAGGCGUUUUUGGAGGUGUAAUUCUUAACAUGCAUUUGCAUUGGAAAAAGCAUGAAACAGUUAAGGUCGUCUGCAAGCCCUGUAAACCGGGCCAAGUUCAUGAAUAUGCAAAAGAGAUAGCUAGGCUGAGUGGUGGCAUACCAAUUCAAAUUAUUAACAAUAAUACAAUUGUAUUUUAUCGGGGAAAGAAUUAUGUUCAGCCUGAAGUUAUGUCACCUAUUGAUACACUGUCCAAGAAAAAAGCACUUGAAAAAUCAAAGUAUGAGCAAUCACUUGAGACGGUGAGGCGCUUCAUUGCAAUAUCCGAGAAGGAGCUUGAACUUUAUUACCGACAUGUUGCACUUUAUGGUGAUCCUAACUCAAGGAAUUCAGAUUUAGUGUAUGGUGAUGAUGGGCAAGGCCACUUAAAAGUGGAGGCAGGGAUAUCUACCUUGACAAAGGAAGAAAGUGUCUGUUCAACUAGUGAUGAUAAUUUGCAUAAAGAUCUCUCAAAUACUGAAGUUGAUCCUGAUGAUACUUUUGAAGUUGAUUCUUCAGAUUCAGAAAAUGAUGAUAUUAUUGCAGCUAUCUCAUGUUCAGAAGUUGAUUCUGAUGAUAUCCUUGAAAGUGAUUCCCAUGAUGAAAUUUUCACAGGGCCUGAAAUUGAUUCAGAAGGUGAAGAAGUAUCUGAAACAGAGACAGAUUCAGAGGAUGAAGAGAAAUACUCGGGGUACCAACACACCCAGCCUGAGAAAUCUGUUCAUCAUUCCAUCAAAAAAAGAGAAAUCUGUUCAUCAUGACUUUUAGAAAGUGGAUUUUACCAGAUCGAUCCAAUCUUUUGGCCGCUUAUCAAGAAGUUGCACACUGUAUAGACGAGAAGAAAAAGUACAAAUUCGCAAUUGUUCUUGGCUCAUUCACUUGCACAGAGUUUCUCUGUAUUGAAUUAUUGCUGUUUGUGGCUUUCAUACUUGGAUCCUUUUAGGCAGUCAGUGGGAGGAGAUGAAAUUUUCAUUGGCUUUUCAGUUUCCACAAUCAAGUUCAUCACCAGAAUGCUCGAUAUCUGCUGCAUGAACAGAACCCUUUUCUGAGAUGUGUUGGCUUCAAGCAUUGCGGCACGGUUGCCUGAAGUUCCUUCACUUGCUAGCUAGGAAGCCUUCUGCUAGAGGAUACUUACCAUUCAGAUCUGGUAGCAUUUACUGGAUGCCUUUCUGAUCAUACGGGCUCUUAUGAUGCAAGAGAAAUGGUUUGCACCUCAUAAAUCUGUUCAGACCAAGUUUUCAAUGGACAGGCUGAUGAUGAAGGGCACCGUACUGUUUAUUAUGUAGACAUGAUCCUGCGCCCUUUGAAGAAACUCAUUUGGACUCUCGAUCACCGUAUAUGUGAUGAUAUUUUCCAUGAAAGCAGAGAUGGUAGGGAUGUUAAAAACCAUUUUGAUAUCUUGAAAAUCUUGACAUUGUCAAGUCAGAGGCUUUCUCGAUAUCUCCAAUUCCAUCCUUCUGAUUCAUCUCCUUGCGGGCUUUCCGACUCGUGUAUGAGUUGCCAACCAAACAAGAUUUGUAUCAUUAAAGAGUAAAUCCCCAAGGUAGUGUUUGGCUUCCCAAAAAAAAAAAAGAAAAAAGGAAAAGGUUUAUUAUAAGCCCUUUUUUUUUAAUUUUUUCGUGGCCAAACUAUGUAAAGGAAAUAUGUAAUGUGUGUAUGUAUGUAUGUAUCAAACUUGCUUAUGUCCAUGAUCAUCAUUCCAAGAACAGAUUUUUAUAA